AUGGGGGACAUGGGCACAUGGGGACACCAUGGGGACACAGGGACACGGGACAUGGGGACACCAUGGGGACAUAAUGGGACACAGGGGACACAGAUGGGGGAAGGAGGGGAGGGGGUGGGGCAUGACGGGACACAUGGGGACACAUCGAGGCAUGGGGACACUUUGGGGCACAGGCGCUGCGUGUGUCCCCCGCCCCCCCAGGCUCUGCCCCAACGACCCCGCGUCCCCUCAGUGUCCCCGUGUCCCCUCAUCCCCCUGUCCCCAUGUCCCUGUCCCCACCGUCCCCCCCUGUCCCCGUCCCCGGCGUCCCGUGGUUCCUGCAUCUCUGUGUCCACCCGUGUCCCCGUGUCCCCACCCGGCUGUCUUGCGGGUGUCUGCGCCCCGGGUGUCACCCGAACCGGGCACCCCUGUGGGGACAUCGUUGGGGGACACAGGAGGGGACACAGGGGACACCCUGCAGUGACAGGGAUGGUGGCUGGGGAUGGCAGGACGGGGCGGUCACCCUGGUGACAAGACACUAUGGGUGACAGGGGCAGGGUGUCACUGUAGGUGACGGUGGCUUGUGGGCAACUGAGCUGUCAUGGUGGGUGGCAGGGACAGCCACCCCCCGGUGUGACAGUUGCCAUGGUGACAGGGAUGGGCUGUCUCUUUGGGUGACAGUGGCCUGCGGGUGAGAGGGUGGUCACGAUGGGUGGCAGGACAGGCUGUCCCUCAGGGUGACAGUGGCCCUGGGUGACAUGGAAAGGCUGUCCCCGUGGGUGACAGGGACAGAGUGUCACUGAGGGUGGCCUUGUCUGUGGGUGGCAGGGUUGUCACUGUGGGUGACAGGGAUGGGCUGUCUCUCAGGGUGGCAGUUGCCACGGGUGACAAGGGCAGGGUGUCACGGAGGGUGGCAGUGGCUGUGGGUGACGAGAACAGGGUGUCACUGUGGGUGACAGUGGGUGACAGGGAUGGCCUGGCCCUCUGGGUAGCGGUUGCCAUGGUGACAGGACUGCCAUCCCGCCAGGUGACGGUUGCCAUGGCGAUGGGGAAAGACACCCGCAAGUGACAGUUGCUAUGGUGAUGAGGACAGCCAUCUCUCCAUGUACUGGCUGCCGUGGUGACGGGGACAGACACCCCCCCCCAUCUCUACGUGUAGUGGUUGCCAUGGUGAUGGGGACAUCCAUGUCUCUGGGUGUCGGUUGCUAUGGCAACAGGAACAGCAUCUCUUCGUGUACCGGUUGCCGUGGUGACAGGGACAGCCAUGUCUCCAGGUGACGGUUGCCAUAGCGAUGAGGACAGCCAUCUCUCCGUGCACCGGUUGCUAUGGUGACGGAAUCCCCCCCCCCCCCCCCCCGGUUCCCAGGGCAACGGGCGGCGGGGGCGGGAAAGGGGCGGGGCCUCCCUCCAGCCCCGCCCCCCCGGCAGCGCAACGCCUCCGCUCAGGCGCAAACCCCUCGCCCCCGCCCCCUUCUCCCCGCCCCUCCGUGACGUAGCGCGCCGUGAUUGGCCCGGCGGCGGGGGGGGCGGGGCGCGGCGGGCGGCGGGCUCUGGAAGGUUCCGGCGGCCCCUCAGUGAGGCGGCGGCGGGAGGCGGCGGCGGGGCCCGGCGCGAUGGGGAAGGACUAUUACCGCACGCUGGGGCUGGCCCGCGGCGCCUCGGCCGAGGACAUCCGGCGGGCCUACCGCCGGCAGGCCCUGCGCUUCCACCCCGACAAGAACAAGGAGCCCGGGGCCGAGGAGCGCUUCAAGGAGGUGGCCGAGGCCUACGACGUCCUCAGCGACCCCAAGAAGCGGGAGAUCUUCGACAAGUACGGGGAGGAGGGGCUGAAAGGAGGAGCCCCGACCUCUGGGCCAGGGGGAUCCAAUGGCCCCACCUUCACCUACACCUUCCGGGGCGACCCCCACGCCAUGUUCGCCGAAUUCUUCGACGGUCGCAACCCCUUCGACACCUUCUUCGUCCAACGCAACGGGGAUGACGACGACGGUGACGACGCUUUCACCGCUUUCCACGUGGGAGGUUUCGGUAGCGUCAGCUUCCCCCGGGGUCGAGGAGGACCAGAAGGUGCCUGCCGUAAGCAAGACCCCCCGGUUCUGUACGACCUGAAGGUCUCCCUGGAGGAGAUCUACACCGGUUGCACCAAGAAGAUGAAGAUCUCCCACAAGCGUCUCAACCCUGACGGGAAGACGGUGCGUAACGAGGACAAGAUCCUCACCAUCGAGGUGAAGCGAGGUUGGAAGGAGGGCACCAAGAUCACCUUCCCCAAGGAGGGCGACCAGACCCCCAACAACAUUCCCGCUGACGUCGUCUUUGUCCUCAAAGACAAACCUCACGGCGUUUUCCGCCGGGAGGGCUCGGACAUUAUCUACCCGGCGAAGAUCAGCCUCCGUGAGGCCCUCUGCGGCUGCACGGUCAACACCCCCACCCUGGACGGCCGCACCAUCCCCAUGGUCUUCAAGGACGUGCUGAAGCCGGGGGUGAAGCGCCGCAUCCCGGGGGAGGGGCUGCCCUACCCCCGCUCCCCUGACCAGCGCGGGGACCUCAUCAUCGAGUUCGAGGUCAAGUUCCCCGACAGGAUCCCCCCGUCUUCCAAGACCCUCCUGGAGCAGAUCCUGCCCGUCUAGCACCCCCCCCCCCCCCCUCCUCAACCCCCCGCCACCCCCCCCCCCCAAAACCCGGUCUGGGGGGGGGGCUUGGGGUGGGGUUUGGACCUUUUUGGGACCAUGCUGGGGGUGGGGGGGUGGUGGCUCCUGCUGCCCACUCCAGGUUCUGGGCUGAGAAUGGCUCCUCAAACAUCUCCAGUCUUGGGCGGGGGGGGGGCUUGGUGUCCUCAGCGCCCCCCGCCCCCCUCCCCCCCCAACGUUGGGGGUCUGGCUGUGGUGGGGUGUCCUCAUCCCCCCUGUCUUAGAGCUUCGGGGCGGGGGGGGAGCUUGGGGUGUCCUUGGUGUCCCCCUGCACCCCAUCUUCUGGGUCUGGGGUGGGGGGGGGGGUUUAGGUGUCCUCAUCCCCCCCCCCCCAGUCUUAGAGCCUGAGGUGGGAGGGGGGCCUUGGGGUGCCCCCCUUCCACCCCCCCCCACCCCAUCGUGGGGGUCUGGGGGGGGUGGGGCAGGGUGACGGUGACUGAUCUCAAGGUCUUGAGGUGGCCUCGUCCCCCACCGUCUUGGAACUCUUGAGGGUCCCAGGGUGUCCUCAUUCCCCCCCGCCCCCCCCCCCAUCAUCUUGGGGGGGGUCUGAGGUUGGUGGGGUGUCCUCGGCCCCCCUGUCUCAGAGUUUGGGGGUGUCCUUGGUCUUCCCCCCCCCCCCCCAUCUUGGGGGUCUGGGGCGGGGGAGGUGACCUCGACCUCGUGUCUUAAGGCUUUGGGAGUCCUGAGGUGUCCUUGUCCCUGUGUCCCCCCCCCAUCUUGGGGCUCCUGGUGUCCUUGCCCCCCCCCCCGCUUAUCUGGGGUUCUUGGGGUGUCCUUGUCCCGUCCCCCCCCCCUCAUCUCCAUGUUCUGGGGGUCCUGAGGUGUCCUCACCCCCCCCCCCCAACUCCGCUCUGGGGGUCCCCAGGUAUUUUUGUCCCUUCCCAUCUUGGGGCUCCUGCUGUCCUUGUCCCCGUGCUCUGGUGGCCCUGGGGUGUCCUUGUGUCGUCCCCCCCCCCCCCCCCCCCCGCAAUUUGGGGGUCUUGGGGUGUCCUUGUCCCCAUCUCCAUGCUCUGGUGGCCCUGGAGUGUCCUUGUCCCGGACCUGCCCUCCCCUCCCCCCCCGUUUGGGGGUCUUGGGGUGUCCUUGUCCCCCAUCUCUGUACCUUGGUGGCCCUGGGGUGUCCUUGUCCAUGUGUCGUCCCCCCCCCGUUUGGGGGUCUUGAGGUGUCCUUGUCCAUGUCCCCCCCCCCAAUUUGGGGGGUCUUGGGGUGUCCUUGUCCCCAUCUCCAUGCACUGGUGGCCCUGGGGUGUCCUUGUCCAUGUCCCCCCCCAAUUUGGGGGUCUUGGCGUGUCCUUGUCCCCAUCUCCAUGCUCUGGUGGCCCUGGGAUGUCCUUGUCCCCCCCCCAAUUUAGGGGGGGUCUUGGGGUGUCCUUGUCCCUCAUCUGUGCUCUGGUGGCCCUGGGGUGUCCUUGUCCACGUCCCCCCCCCCCCGAGUUUGGGGGUCUUGGGAUGUCCUUGUCUGUGUCCUCCCCCAAUUUGGGGGGGUCUUGGGGUGUCCUUGUCCCUCAUCUGUGCUCUGGUGGCCCUGGGGUGUCUUUGUCCCCC